AUGGCCGACCCAUCCGCGUACGACUACCCUUCGCCAUUGGUGGGAUACGAAAAUGCCCCCCCACUAUCCAACGAGAAAGCUGCAGAUGGCAAGGCAAUUUUGAAUCCUCAGACUGGUAUCUUGAGCAAGAGCUAUGAAAGGUUUUGUGAGCCACUGGAUAACGGCAUCCGGGGAGCCUUUGAUGUUCACAUAUACUACUUCCAAGCCAAUGAAUCCCAGAAGAAGUUCGCGAAAGAAUUGUGGGAGCGAAUCCGGAGAGAAUUCCCUGAAUUGAGAAUCUAUACGUUCUGGGAUCGACCAAUUGGUCCACAUCCAGUAGCAAUGUUCGAAGUAAACCUCUUCACGCCAGCCCAAUUCGGUGCUUUCAUACCUUGGUUGGUAAUCAACAGAGGUCCACUAAGUGCACUCAUUCAUCCCAACACGAUCAAUCCGGAAACGGGGAAGCAUGAAGAGGAAGAAAGAGAUCAUACUCAAAGAGCGACGUGGAUGGGUGAUAGACUGCCUUUGGAUUUGAGCAUGUUCAAGAGUAAGAAGUCUUAG